AACGAAAGCGAAAAGGCAACGCCCACGCAAUCAUAUCUCUUCACCUUCCUCUAUCCUCGCCGGCCACUCUCUCUGGGGAACACGUCUGAGAAAAUCAACCAGAGAGAUGUCCUCAAUUAAUCUCUUCUCGCCGUUACGGUCUAGGUUACAGUCGUCGACGGAGAACGCCAAAAACCUGCUUGUUCUAUAUGUUGUAUUGACAUACUCGCUCAAGGGAUGGAGACAUGUUCGUGCUAGAGGGCUGCGAAACACUGUCGGUGAGAUGUACAAGUGGGCUGCUCAACAAGUUGUCCUUCUGGCCCUUCGUAUGCCGUCUAUGAGGCAAAAAGUGGAGGUUGAGAUGGGUAGGGCCAAAGCUAUGAUACAAGAGCAACUUGUUCCGCAAGGAGAGGACGUGGUAAGACAUCUGGCCCUUCCGCAGGAGAGUAAGUCACUGGAGUGGAUAUUGGAGGAGAUGGACAAAAUGGAUACAGAAGGAAAAUCGCAUACUGAUUACAAAGAAGGAAAGCUUUCGGGAGCUGUUUACCAUGGCGGAGAGGACAUGGAGGAAAUCAUCGUCGCCGCUUUCUCAAAGUACUGCGUUUCAAACCCUCUGCACCCCGACGUAUUCCCUGCUAUCCGCAAAAUGGAAGCCGAAGUCGUCGCCAUGUGCCUGAGGAUGUACAACCACCCCGAUGGUGCUGGAGCCACAACAUCCGGUGGCACUGAGUCCAUCAUCAUGGCCUGCAAGACGCACAGAGACUGGGCGAGAGUGGUCAAGGGUAUCACGCAACCUGAAAUGAUCAUCCCUGCCUCUGCACAUGCAGCGUUUGACAAAGCUUCGGCAUAUUUCAAAAUCAAGCUACAUACCAUCCCAGUCGACCCCACCACGCGCAAAGUAGACAUCAAGCGUGUGGCUCGCGCAAUCAACGCCAACACUAUCAUGGUCGUAGGCUCUGCGAUCAACUUCCCGGAUGGCUGUCAGGACGACAUUGUUGCUCUUGGGAAACUCGCGAAGAAGCACAAUAUUGGUCUGCACGUCGAUUGUUGUCUAGGUAGCUUCAUCAUGCCUUUCUUGGAAAAGGCAGGCUUCCCCGUCGAGCCGUUCGACUUCCGAGUGGAGGGCGUAACCAGUAUCAGCUGUGAUACACACAAAUAUGGUUUUGCACCAAAGGGCUCGUCCGUUGUAAUGUACCGGUCAAAAGAGCUCAGGCAACACCAGUACUACGUCAACCCCGAAUGGGCCGGUGGCCUCUACGCAAGCCCUGGUUUCUCCGGUUCGCGUCCAGGUGCCCUCAUCGCAGGUGCAUGGGCAGUCAUGCAACACAUGGGCGAAGAAGGAUACAUUGCGUCCUGUCGCGACAUCGUCGGCGCGGCCAAAUUGAUUGAAUCCCGCAUCAAGUCCGAAAUCCCAGAACUCUAUAUCCUUGGUAAACCGCCCGCGUCUGUCGUCGCCUUCGGCUCGAGAAGACCGAAUGUAAGUGUAUUGGAGGUCGGGGACAAGAUGGCGAAGAAGGGGUGGCAUUUGAAUGCGAUUCAAAACCCGUCCGCGGUUCAUAUUGCCUGCACGCGUUUGACAAUUCCUGUUGUGGACACGUUAAUCUCUGACCUCAAAGAGUCAAUCAAAGAGGCGCGAGGAUCGCCUCCUGGUGCGGGCAACAUGGUUGCCGUCUACGGUCUCGGCCAAUCGAGCGCUGUUGGCCCUCAGAUGGUCGGUACACUUGCGUCAGCCUUCUUGGACGCUUUAUACCAGGCGUAGAUCCAGACGGCAAGAGUGGACUCCGGGUAUCUCUCUCUUUUCGGGCUCUGUUCCGGAUGAAUAUUUGGAUUUGCUAGACUUCAUGCCGUAUAACUCAUCAUUAUAUUUCAACUCUAUAUGUCAUAAUCAUCUUAGCUAUGCUUAUCUGUUAUGCAAUACACCACCGCUCAAUCAGAGGUCGA